AUGCCAGAAGUCAUCGAUCUGGUUUCUUCAAGUCCAUCCCCUCCACCUACCGCGAAUGGUCGAGCCCAGCCGCAGUCAUUGAGCGUCCGCAGGCCUCCUGCCAACAAUCAACGACCAUCAUCAGCCCUUAUUUCCAGCUCUCCGCGUUUUCUAUCCGACGAAUUCGAUGCAUCAUCAUCAUUGUUUGUCUACGACGAGCCGGAGCAGCAGCCUGCGGCGAAGAAAAGAAGGCUGACCCCUGAAGUUGAGACAGAGCAAAAUAAUGAUCCGUCGACCGUGAAAUCGCAGGCUACGGACUCCCUGUUCAUCUUUUCAGACGACGAUAAUAAUCAUGAUAAUCCUGCCUUGCCCUCUGCGACGAGUCGCUCGAAUGCCGGACCUACCACGACAAAGACGUAUAAAUGUGACGGGGAAGAAUCUGAUCCUAUUGUCUUUACAUCUUCUGCUCCGGAGCCUACGGCAGGACAGCAAUUACAAUCCGAAGUUCAAAAAACGAGGACUGCGCGGACGAUCACGCUCGAUGAUGAUGAUGACAUUGAGGAGUUUAGUGAUCCGUUGGCUCUGCCGGACGAUGCGUUGAGUUCUUUCCUGGAACAGUCUCAAAAAUCAACAAAAGGGCAGCUUUCUGAUCGCACUGCUGCCUUACUGGCUAGCCUUGAGAGUCGAGACGCGUCCAGUGCGAAGGGGACGGGUUCGAAACCGGGUGGUCGUUCGCGAAUAGAUGGAUCUGAUUCGAAUGAGUUGCUCUCCGAUGAGUUGUUUGAGAAACCGCCGAACCGAUCAAAACCAAGAAGACAGCCAAAGCUGUCAGCAGCCGAGAAAGAGGCCAAGGCUAGGGAGCGGGAAGCCGCUAAAGCACAACGUGAACGCGAGAAAGAGGCAGAGAGUGAACGAAAAAGGCGAGAAAAGGAGAAAAAAGCCAGAGAGAAGCAGCUGGCUGCGGAUAUCGCGGAGGUUAACAAGCUUAAGAUCGACAAGAAGAAUUCCACGCCUGAAAUGAUAAUUGACCUCGCCACGACGUUUGCAGAUACGAGUGUUGGGAACCAGGUCACAGAAUUCAUGAGGCAUCUGGGCGUGGAGAGAACUUUCUUCACCAGCUCGAUCCGCAAUAUUGUCAAAUGGCGGCGUAAGGUUAAGGCUACAUUCAACGAGGAGGCAGGUUACUGGGAGCCGUGUCCUUUGCACAUUAGGAUGGAAGACCAUGUGCUGUGUUUGCUUUCCGCACAGGAGUUUGUGGAUAUGGUGGUCGCGUCACCGGCAGCAGGAGAGCAGGAAGAUGCGGAAACUCUUGAACUGCACGUUCUCAGAGUGAAAAGCGCCUAUCCGAAUUGCAAGGUGAUAUACCUCAUCGAAGGACUUGAAGCCUGGAUGCGCAAGAACAGAAACGCGCGAAACAGAGCCUACCAAGCGGAAGUCCUCCGGCAACUAAACGAUACCAAUAGUCUCGGUGAUCCAUCGAGCAGCAAUAAUCAAGCCAGAGCACGCAAGAAAAAGGCCCGGAAGCCGGAAGAUACUCCUCCCGUGGACGACGACACCAUCGAAGACGCUCUCCUUCAGCUGCAGGUCACGCAUGCGUGUCUGAUCCACCAUACGAAUGCCGCCGCCGAGUCGGCAGAGUGGAUCAAGAAUUUCACCGAGCACAUCUCUACGAUCCCGUAUCGGCGCGAGCGGAUGGAUCUGAACGACUCUGCGUUCUGCAUGGAGGUCGGACAGGUCAAAUCGGGCGAGGACCGGGCGGACACGUUCGUCAAGAUGCUGCAGGAGGUCAAUCGGGUGACGGCGCCAAUGGCGUACGGCAUCGCGGCCAAGUACCCCAGCGUGACGGACCUGCUGAGGGGGAUGAAGCAGCAUGGCCCGUCCAUGCUGGAAGAUGUGCGCAAGUCGGCUAACAAGAACGGCGCCUUGACGGAAUCACGAAUCGGCCCUGCCGUCAGCAGACGGUUAUACAAGGUUUUUAUGUGUUUAGAUCCGACGUCGACGGAUAUAUGA